CUUCACCUGUUACAUAUAAUCAAAGUGACACUGUCAAACUAAAAACUGCACACUCCCUGCAUUCAUGAACAUGGAGGGAGAGACAGCGAGCAACAUAAGUCAAUCUGGUAAAGAACAGUCUUUGACAGACAUUGGAUAUACAUUAGAAGAGUUGCAAACACUUCUGAACAGCCGGCGAACUUCUUUUUCUCAUCGUGUGGAUGAAGUGUGGCCUAACCUUUUUUUAGGGGAUCUGGCAACUGCCAAUAACAGAUAUGAGUUGUGGAAGAUGGGAAUUACACAUAUUCUGAAUGCUGCUCAUGGCAAUAGAUUUUGCGAGGGCAGCUCUGAUUUUUAUAGUGCAAGCAUUUCAUAUUAUGGGGUUCCUGCAUAUGAUGUACCAGACUUUGAUAUGAGCCAAUAUUUCAACUCUGCCUCACAAUUUAUCCACCGAGCAUUAAAUACCAGUGGAGCUAGACUGCUGGUGCAUUGCAUUGUUGGAAUCAGCAGAUCUGCAACACUAGUCCUGGCUUACCUAAUGAUUCAUCAUCAGAUGACUUUAACUCAAGCCAUUCAGAAAGUCCAAGAAAAUCGCUGGGUAUCCCCUAACCACGGGUUUCUUCGUCAGCUAUUAAAACUGGAUGGAGAGCUUCGCAAGUCCAGAAAUAUUCAGCGUUAAAAUAGUAUACAAGAUGAUUGCUAAUUUAUUUAUUUUAAUUGACAUAACAGUUGAUUGUCUAAAGUUCUAAACUAAGUAUAUAAGAUAGCUUGUUUAUAUUACUAUAUAAAACACUCAACUCUAAUUUAAGAAAUAUAAAUACAGGUAUUCAGAAUUUUUAGAACAGGGG